GAAAUGAUGUCUCUUGAUAUAUCUGACAGUGCCCAGAUCUACGCUGCGUUUGUGGUAUACCUGGACCUCCUAGAAGGAAGAAACUGGCACGAAGUGAAGCAUGUCGGAGUAGCAGAACUACAACUCGUAUGUUUACACGCACGUGAGAGAGAACAGGACAGUCUCCAAGUGAUGGUGCCGGUACCUGCGUACAUAUCGUUAAGCCAUGAGAGGAUGAGAGAAAUCCUGAAGAAAGCGUCUCUCCCCCAAGAUGAUCCUGACACCCCGCUGUCAGUUACCUUGGCCAUAGUUGAGACAGAUUCCACAGUAGUCUACUAUAAAAUGACUGAUGGCUUUGUACUACCAGAUCCUCCUGACGAUACUGAAGACGUGGACAAUAAACAGUGGAGAAAGAAAAGAAAGAAGCUUUUCAAAUGAUGAAGACAAACAGACUUUUCUUGAACUACUGCUCUCAAACCUAAACAAAUCCAGGAACUUAUGUAUGUAAAUAACAUGCUAAAGUCUGCCUUCUGCAUAUCAAGCAUCUGUUCAGGGAGAAUGGAGGCUUGUGCCGCUGUGCUGUAACGAAAUGCCCUUUAAAGUAUGAAAUGGGUCACCCUUUUG